AUGGACGCGCCCCCGCUCCAGGAGGAGAAUGUUGUCGACCGUGCGAAAGUCGAGCACUACCAGAGGACCGGCUGCAUCCCCUGUUUUCGCAUGGUCGAGCGAAGCGCUAUGGAAAAUGAUUUUCUUCAUUGGCAUUAUCAGCGUUUCCGAACGCGAGUCGCGAACGGUGCCGUCAGCAUGUCGCUUGCACCGGAUGAUGAAGGCAGUAGUAGCAACAUUUCUGUUGCAGCCUGCUCUCCCCCAUGGUCUGAGCUGCGGUUCAAAGCGCAUUUGUUUCUGCCAUGGCUUUUUGAUCUUCUCGUGGGCAGCGAAGUGCUGAAAAGGUACGCCGAGACGAUGCUGUUGACAGAAGACGAACGAGAAUUACAGCACUCCUCGGUCGUAGAACACGGCGAGGAGCAAAAGGCGGGUAAAAGCAAAAUAAAACACAGCACGCCGGUCGUAAUCUGGAGCACCGACUUCUGCGUGAAACCCGCGGAGAGUAAAGCAUUUUUCUCCUGGCACCAGGACUCUACAUACAGCAGAUUUCGUGGGGACCAAGGAGUCACGGUCUGGCUGGCAUUUUCGGACGUCACGGAGCGCGCCGGGCCAGUGCUGUUCCGGGAAGGGUCGCAUCGCUUGGGACAGCUUCCGCAUGAUGAGAACGUCGGGCAGGAGGGAAACAUGCUGGCAUUCGGUCAGACGAUUGAGAGGGACAAGCUGGAGGCGAUCAGAACCGACGAGCGCUCGUUCCCGACGGUUGCCGCGAUAUUGGCCCCUGGAGAAGCUUCCGCGCACAAUUUUUUCGUGGUUCACAGCUCGCAGGCAAAUCAGGAGCAUGUGGACAGAGUUGGCCUCGCCAUUCGGUUAGUACGAGCUGACGCCGCAAUUUUGGAAGAUGCUCAGCAGGAAGAUCUUCGAUGUGAUGCUCCUCGCAUGCGAAGAGAUCGAGUGACCUUGCUGACCGGGCGACCGGAGGACGUUCACGGUUUCGAGCUCGAGAACCACUUUUGGGAGGAGGGAGAGCGCGUUUGGCGCGCGUGGAGACCCACUGAAGAGUUCGGCAGGAAAGAAAUGGCAGAAUGGAAAAAGUCAAUGGAUCGAGAGAAAGAAAUGUACUUCGAAGGCCGGGGCGAAGGCCAGCAGAAGUACAAAUAAGUACGUAUUCCAGCCGAGCAGCAUCGGGUUGAUACUGAAGGUGAACACCACCGAUAAAAAAGAUAGAGUAUCGCGUUUCUUGUCAUAAGUCUCUCGUUUUGGUUUUCGUUUCAACCUGCAUCACGAAGAUGGUGGAUGAUGCUGAGCGCGUGGAUUCUUCGAAGAAGCAUGGUGCGGAUACGCAUUCCAGCUCGUACUCGUUCACGACUGACACCAGUAUUACAAGUGAGACGCAACAUCAUGACCUGCCAUGCGAUUUUAUUGUGGUAUAGCCAUGGUGGAGUGAUGAAAAGAAAAACACGAGUAUACAUAAGCUAGGCCGCCAUAAUUUCGAAUCUGUGUGGAGGAUUCCGUCUUUGUUAUGCUAUCAUUCUCGAUGUCUUGCUGUAUCUACUAAAUCUAGC